AUGACGCUUCCCGCCUCCGCUGCAUACGUUGAAUCAAAGGCCCGUGUAAUCCGAGCUAUAGACAGAAUCACUGCAAUGGUUAUCGCGGCCGGUGAGUUUAAGGCUGAUUCAAAAAAUAUUGCAAAACGGGCAAAAAUUGAGCAGAUGCUUCGAGAACUCAACAAUAUCCAAUGGAAGGUUGAAGAGGACAUCCAGUACAUGGAAAACGCGGUCAGUCUAGGGAAAGCUCCAACUGAUGUCGUGGAUACGUCCAGUAGCCGUCAACUCUCUGCCACUUUCGAAAAUCUGUACUACGAACUUGCUGCCUUUGCAGAUGAGCAGAAAAUCUCACUGACACCUGUCCUGGAUCAAUCUCUCUCAGCAACCUUAAUCCAAACCAUCAAUAAUGUAUCAACUAACGCAUCCCAUUACCAACUGCCGAAACGAACGUUUCCGAUCUUCUCUGGCAUCAUUACUGAGUGGCAAGGAUUCGACGACCUGUUAAAUUCCAUUAUGUCACAUUCCCCGGACCUUCCAGACGUAGAAAGAUUUGAGUUUCUAAAAACGUCUCUUGAAGGUGAAGCGAAGACAGUCAUAAACCAUCUCCCGUUAACGUCCGCAAAUUACCACAGUGCGUGGGAAAUAUUGCGAGCUCGAUACGGGAACAAGAGGGACUUGGCAAGAAUCCACAUUCAAGCUCUUCUCGCCCCACACAAAGUUCUAUCUACUGAUGCCUGCUCAAUCAAAUCACUGAUCAAUGCGAUACUUGAACACACCGCAGCAUUGGACAAUCUGAGCCUCACGACUCGUCAGUGGAACCCAUUGCACCAACCGCAGUUGACUGAGUUCGUCGAAUUUCUACGUUGUCACGUGCGGGCAGCCGAAGCACGAGCAGGACACUACGCUACGGUCAGUCCAGGUAUAGCUGAAUCAUCAAGAGUCAAAUCUAAACCAUCGCCGUCGAGAGGAGCUCGUCCAACAGAGUCAUCUAAAGUUCUCGUGGCAGCCACCAAAUCCACGUCGAGCCCAACCACUUGCAGCCCACUAUGUAAGGAAGCCCAUUCAGUUCGAAAGUGCGCAGUCUUCGAGAGCCAAAACCCAAGUGAACGAUUCCAAACGGCAAAGAAGCUUCAAUUAUGCAUCAAUUGUUUGGGAUCUGGACAUACAUCGUCGGCAUGUCCAUCAAAGUAUACAUGCCAAGCAUGUAAGAAACAGCAUCAUACACUUCUGCAUUUCCCGGAUGAUGUAACCACGGGUGACCAUGUUCCUUCAGCAGCUACGAUGUUCACUGCCACUCAAAGAACUCAGCCAAUCCUACUGCCAACAUUACUCAUCAGUGUCGCAUCUUUCGACCACCAGAAACAUACUCUACGAGCACUAUUGGAUACGGGAUCUCAGGUCAGUUUUAUCACGAAGCAGUGUGCAGAUCGCCUAUCAUUGACCCGCCGACGUUGUACCACAAAAAUCAGCGUGUUCUCAGUCACACUGGUUAACGUGGUGUCCGGCAUGACCACAAUCACAAUGUCACCAGUAAACCAGUCUGAACCAUCCAUUCCUGUUGAUGUUCUUAUUGUACCGAAGAUCACAGAUGUCACACCUCAAGAAACUAUUCAAGCAACAUCGUGGCCUCACAUAAAUCAACUGGAUCUGGCAGAUCCAACCUUCCACACUCCAGGACAAGUUGAUAUCCUACUCGGCGCAGACGUCGGACCAGCUAUAUUCACCGGUGACCGCAUUGCUGGUCAUUGA